AAUCGAAUCUCACACCUCACUCUCUCUCUCCUUCACAUAACAUCUAUCUUCUUCUUCUUCUUCUUCCACAUUCUCUCUCUCUCUCUUUCCUCGCAGAUGUCUGGUUGUGUGGUGGUGAUAUGAAGAACACCACUCAAUCUCUCCUCCUCCUCUUCUUCUUCUUCUCUUUUCUCCUCUCUGUCCAUUCUCUCUCCAUCUCAUCCAAUGCUCCUCUCACCGACAACGAAGUCCGAUUCAUCCAACGCCGACAACUUCUCUACUACCGCGACGAGUUCGGCGACCGUGGAGAGAACGUGACCGUAGAUCCGUCUCUUGUCUUCGAGAACCCAAGACUCCGAAGUGCUUACAUAGCUCUUCAAGCUUGGAAGCAAGCCAUCCUCUCUGAUCCCAACAACAUCACCCUCAACUGGAUCGGAUCCAAUGUCUGUAGCUACACCGGAGUUUUCUGCUCUCGCGCUCCCGAUAACCGCCGGAUCCGUACAGUCGCCGGUAUCGAUCUCAACCACGCCGAUAUCGCGGGGUACCUACCCGAGGAGCUCGGUUUGUUGACGGAUCUCGCUUUGUUCCACGUCAACUCGAAUCGUUUCUGUGGAACGGUUCCGCACAAGUUCAAGCAUCUCAAGCUCCUCUUCGAGCUCGAUCUCAGCAACAACCGAUUCGCCGGGAAGUUUCCGGCGGUGGUUCUUGAUUUGCCGUCGUUGAAGUUCUUGGAUCUCCGAUUCAACGAGUUUGAAGGUACUGUGCCCAAAGAGCUCUUUAGCAAACCGUUAGAUGCGAUUUUCAUUAACCAUAACCGGUUCCGGUUUGAGUUACCGGAUAAUUUCGGAGAUUCGCCGGUUUCGGUUGUGGUGCUUGCGAAUAACCGGUUCCAUGGCUGUAUUCCGUCGAGUUUUGUUGAGAUGGAGAAUCUGAAUGAGAUUAUUUUCAUGAACAAUGGGUUGAAUUCUUGUUUGCCUGCGGAUAUCGGGAGGCUGAAGAACGUGACGGUGUUUGAUGUUAGCUUUAACGAGCUUGUGGGGCCGUUGCCGGAAAGUGUCGGCGGGAUGGUGUCGGUGGAGCAGUUGAAUGUGGCUCAUAAUCAGUUGUCGGGGAAGAUUCCGGCGAGUAUUUGUCAGCUUCCCAAGCUUGAGAAUUUCACUUACAGCUACAAUUUCUUCACCGGCGAGGCUCCUGUCUGUCUCAGGUUGCCGGAGUUUGAUGACCGGAGGAAUUGUUUGCCGUCACGUCCUGCUCAGAGGUCUAAGGAGCAAUGUGCAGCGUUUUUGUCUCGGCCUCCGGUGGAUUGUGAAUCUUUUAAGUGUGGUCGUUCUGUUACACCCCUUCCUCCGAUUGUACCUCAAUUGCCUCCGCCGCCUCCACCAUCGCCACCUCCACCAUCACCCGUCUAUUCUCCUCGUCCGCCUCCCCCUGUCUAUUCCCCUCCUCCGCCUCCCCCUGUCUAUUCCCCUCCGCCGCCACCAUCAGUCCAUUACAGCUCCCCACCUCCACCGACAGUCUAUUACAGCUCUCCGCCUCCACCACCGCCAUCUCCUGAAUAUGAAGGGCCAUUACCGCCAGUGAUCGGAGUAUCCUAUGCUUCUCCUCCACCUCCACCCUUCUAUUGAUUCUUGGACAGAUUGUUUUACAGAGAUUAAGCGAGUGAUCAAGAUUGUCUUAGAAGAUUUAUUUGAUGAAAAUAAGAACAAAAAGAAGAAGAGAUUAUUAUGGUUUCCAGGAAACAAAAAAAGUUGUAUGUAUAGAGGGAUGAUGAUAUAAUCGGAGCAACAUCUUCUGCUCCAUUGUUUUUCAAUUUGUGAGAUUAAUUUUAUUUUUGUGUUAUUUUUCAUAGUGAAACUCAGCCACAUUUUUCUC